AUGGACUGUUUUGAAAUUGUGUUUGACAACAAAAACGGUUACAUCCCUGGCAGUAAUGUUACUGGUAGUGCCAUUAUCAGGACGAGCACAGAUAUCAACGCACGUUAUCUAAAAAUUUGCAUUCAUGGAGCUGCUCACACAAAAUGGAGUGAAGGAGUACAGCGACACAGAUAUUGUGACGGGAAAAAGGAAUAUUAUACGGAGAUCGAGCACUACUCAUCGGAAGUCAACUAUGUCAACGGUGAAACAAUUGCAUGGAGUGCUACAAACGGAAACGGGUUUUUACCAGCCGGUCAUCACGUCUUCCCGUUUUCGUUCCCACUCCCUGUUGACUGCCCACCAAGUUACGAAGGCUUUCAUGGACAUAUUCGUUAUUCAGUACGUGUUGAGCUUGAUAGGCCAUGGAAGUUUAACAAAAAGGAACGGGAAGAUUUUAAAGUAAUUCCUAACUUCGAUUUGAAUUACUUCCCAUAUGGUAAUGUUGCUGUGCAACAAAGAGAUAUUAAGGACAUUGGUGCAAUAUUCAAGAAGGGAAUUGUGACAAUGACCGUAACUUUACCAAAGCAAGCAUACGCACCCGGAGAGGUCAUACCAAUCACAAUCGAUAUUGAUAACGCAUCCAAACGACCAGCUUACUGUGUACGUGCAGAACUCCAUCAGCACUCACAUUACCAUGGUAGUCUCCAUUCCCUGCUCGGCACUUGUUCCUCACAUCACGAGCAUCACAAAGAUGACAGCAAGAGGGUGGUGGAGAGCAGGAAAAACAUCAAAAUCGCAGCAAAGUCACAAGGACGUGAAGAACUGAAAAUGAAGCUUCCGAAAUUGACUCCAACGUUUGAGUGCCCUAUCAUCAGUGUUGAAUACUGCUUGUCUGUGAAGCUUGACACCGAAACUUCGAUGAAUAACACAUUGCACUGUGAAUUCAAUAUCAUUAUUGGAACAAUCCCCACCAAUCAACCACAACCUAUUGUUCUCUCUUCUUCUGUUCCUCAAGUCCCAAGUGCUCCUCCAGCUAUUGAGAGAACUGAGUCGAUGCCGCCACCUUACUUUUUGGUGCCACCUACCAAAAUGAGUGAUGACACAGCUGGCCCAUCAGCCCCACCACCAACUUAUGAAGAGUCUGUGUCUAUUACAAAAGUUUGA